AUGGCCGCAGCGGUUCUGAGCGAUGUCGUGAAACGAGUCGGUGACUUCCUCGUCAAUGAAGCAGUCUUCCUGUACGAAGUGAGAGACCAUGUCGAGUGGGUCACGGACGAGCUCCGGGCGAUGGAGUGCUUCCUGAAGGAUGCCGAAUUGAAGAGCAAGAGGGACGAGAGGGUGAAGAACUGGGUGAGACAAGUGAGGGAAAUCGCUUAUCGGGCGGAGGAUCUCGUCGAGUCCUUCGUCCUCCAUGCCCAGCGGAGGCGACGACUGAGCGAGGCUUCAUCCGGACCGUUGUGUGCUGCCUUCGCCUCCCCAGAGACCUCACUGUACUCCACAAAUUCGGUAAGGAGAUCGAAGCCAUACAGGCCAAAAUCUGAGGCAUCAAUGAUCACAAAAACAGAAUCUAGGAUUUGGGCGGAGGGGCGAGGAGGCAGGUCGACGAGACAGUCCAAGAACGGAGGCGAGUCGUUCUUCAUGCCGUAGCUGCUGAUGUGAACGGCAUGGACGAGGAGGAGAAGAUCCUAGAACAUCCGUUGGACAGGAGCAGGAAUAAGCGGUCGUGAUUUCCAUUCUGAGGAUGGGAAGACUAAAGAAUAUAAGAAUAAGAUGUUCAAUAUGAAUUUAUGGAAACUAUGAAGGAAAUGAGAAACGAACAACUUUAUGUGGUUCGGAGGUUAA